AUGAAUCAGUAUGCACCAUCACUUAAAGAAGUGGCAGACAAGGCUGGCCUGUCUGGCGCAGACGCAGCAGAGAAAAAAGCAAGACUAGCUGUUUGCAAAAUAGCACAUGGUCAGAGUCAAGGCCACGCUGAAUGUGGAGUCUUGGUUUAUGACCAGAAGGUUGAUGAUCAUGAGUUAAGCAAACACUGUAUCAUAACAAUUAAUGAAGUAGUCAAUUCAAUCGAAAAUAAGAUUUUUGAAAAAGGCGAAUAUAAAGUAACAUUCAGACACAAGAACAAGCAGUUUGAUUUGCGGAAUGUCACAAAGGUAGUGAGGAAUGCCUCUGGACUGGUGUUGAUUUUUAUCAACUCCUCUUGCAAAGAACUGAAGAAAUGCAGUAUUUUGAGUGAAUCACCAUUGUCUAUUGGUUCUCCUCAUCAAUCUUCUUCACUCUUCUGUUUUGUUGAAAACCAGCGUUAUAAUGUAGUCAAAUCAACUGGUGAGAAUGGGGAGGAGUGUGUAUAUGUCUUGGAAGCUGACAGCAAGACAGCUACGUCUGCCAGUGUUUCACCGAAAGAAAUACCACAUGGCACAGUUAUUUUACGAUAUGAUGCUGAUGCCAAAAAUUUAAUGGCAGUUGGUAUUUUCAAGGUAGUGGACAAAAAGCAUAUGAAGAUUUCUCCUAUCUGGUUCAAAUCAAGCUUAAACGAUUUUUUAGGUGAGCUUUAUUCCUUUUUUAUACCGGCUUUCAUUGUAUAAACAAAAGCCUAGAUAAUGAGUAAAAAAUGCCGUUUGAGCUAGACGUAACGGACCCAUAGGCUGGGGUGGUUCGAUCCCUCUCGCCCUCCCCUCCUCACUGCUAAUAGAGUUCUGCUUAGAUAAUCCUGAUCAUACAGAUUUUGAAGUUAACUUAUGUCUAUUUAUUUAUAACUUACUUGAACUACUUAUAUUUUUCAACACUUUCUAGUCUUCUGCUUUCGAUUAAACGUAUUUUAAUGAAUGGCCAGCCUUUUAAAUACAAUGAAAUAACAUCUCCAUCUUCUCGAUGGCCAUGCCCUGAGUCCGACCUGGACCUGGACCUGCAAAGAUGUCUGACCGGAGUUAUUUCAAAUGUAAUUGAGCGGUGAGGCCGAUACCUAUUCAUGAAACAGAAACUUAAAGCUUGCUGCCCCCACUGUGGCAAUUAAGGAAUGUGAUAAAUCCUUUAAGUAUAUACUAAAACAGUGGAUAGUGUUUUUCGCGUGCUCUGAUUGGCUACCUAGGGUGCAUUUCUUUACUAAAACCAAGAUCUGAUCAAAAAUCCGGAUCAUUAGGAUUUUUCGUCAAGAAAAGAAACGACAUAUCCAAAAAAGGGAUUAUUUUUCAUUCAUUUUCCAUAAAAACGACCCACAACGUCGACGGUAUCCUUCAGAAGAAUAACACGGCUGUUGAUAAUGUUGCCAAUUUGCUGAUCUUUAAUUGAAUUCUGGACGGUUAGCUCAAGGAUAUUGCAGGCAGAAUUCACUCUUUUCGGAUACGUAGUAAAGAAACGUUUCGGAUCAUGUAUCCAAACUAUCCGGUUUUGGAUAUGAUCCAAAGAGUCCACUUCCGUGGAUCAUUUGGAUCAAUAAUCCGUUUUUGGAUUUUAGUAAAGAAACGAAAUAUCCGUUGUCGGAUUAAAAAUCUGGAUCUGGAUUUUAGUAAAGAAACGAACCCUUAAAGUCAGGAUAUCCAGUGCUAUUCACUGUUUUACCUUCAGCCCCUCGGAGCGAACAAGACCAAAUUAAGCUCGCGUAAGUUACGAGGAAAAUGGUUUCCCUCGGUUUGCCGCUGUAACAAACAAAGAAAUUUCACGAAUGAUCAAACAAGCUGUUCUCAAAAUACACCAAGAAGGUGUCGAAAUUCGGUUUGGAAGCUUUAACAGGUAAAGCUUUGUCUGUUUGACUUGGAGUUAUCAAUGAAACCGGUGAAAAAGUUUUUUGUUUACAAAUACAAAUUUAGCGUUGCGUUACUUUAUUUAGCUGACAUGUUCAUAAAUAAGCUUAAAACUAAAUUUAAUAUUUUUUUUAGAAUGUUUUUAAGUACAAAAAGAAUUCGUUUCCCCUCAAUAGCUAAACAAAUGCCUUCAAUUCUUGGUGGGGGUGUGCCAUCCGGUCCUCCAAAUCCUGACCCUAUUCAGGCCAAAAGAGGCCCCCCCUCGAAAGAAAACGCGACGGCAGUAAGUUAGUGAAAAUCCAUCAUUUUUGUGCUCAAUUAUCUCAUUGUUUUAUUCACCCCAGCGUCCAUUAUCCACCACUAGCCACCUCCUCUUCAGUGAAUAAUUUAAUAACAAUUAUUCACCAAAGUGGAGGUGGCUAGUAGUGGUGGAUAUUCGCGGCGAGGUAAAUAUUCACCACUAGCCACCGACACUGAGGUGAAUAAUAAAUUGUUUUAGUAUAUAGUAAAACAGUGAGAUAAUUAAGCACAAAAAUGAUGAUUUUUAACUCAUUUACUGUUGCCAACUAUUAGAAUUUUGGCGUGCGAUGGCCGAACAGCCGCGGCCGUCGAUUUUUCUUGCUGACACAAAAACUUUUGAAGGCAUUUGUUUAGCUCUUGCAGGGAAAUUUCUUCAAACGGAGUUGUGAUUUCUUUUUGUAAUUAAAAUCAUUCUGUAAAAAAGAUUAUUAAAUUUAGUUUUAGCUUAUUUAUGCGCAAGUUAACUAAAUAAAGUAACGCAAGACCGAGCUUCGUCACCUUCUUCGUGUAUUUAAGGAACAGCUUGCUUGAUUAGUAUGUGUAAUCAAAUGGUGACGAGUGAAAUUAUUCCCUAAUUUCACGAGUAUACCAUUUGAUUACCUAUUACCUAUUAAUAAUAUUAAUUAAUAUUAUUUAUGAUAUAAUAUCAUAGGUGACGAAUUACGUUAGCAAUCUUGGAUUUUGGACAUGUUUAUCCUGGAUCGUAUCCAUCGAUAACUCCACUCUCUCGAACGUUAAGAGCUUAAAUUUGGCUUAUAAAGUUCAGAAUUUGUCAGUCUUUUUUGGAAAAAUACCUGUUAGAAUCCUUCUUGAUGUUUUCUUGUGUGUUCAGGUUUUCUAAAGCGUCUUUUUGUGCCCUGACAUCUUCAUUCACGGCAUUUUAAAACUUCGUCGCCAUCUUGACACUGAGACGUACGGAAGGUUGCCACGGCAAUUUUGUAAUUUCACAUGUGAAAUUACAAAUUAACGCUGAAAUUUCGCGCCAAAAUUAAGGAGUAAUUCGUCACCUAUGAUCUUAUAUGUGAAAUUUCUUUGUUUGUUAUGGCAGCAAACCGGGAAGCCAUUUUGCUCGUAACUUACGCGAGUUUGGCGUUGCUCGCUCGGAGGAACUGGAAGUAAAUAGCAUUGGAUAUUCACUGACUGAGUAGCCAAUCAGAGAGCGCGAAAGACUCUAUCCACUGUUUUCGUAUAUACUGAAUUGUUAUAUAUUCGAACGUAAGCGUUCUGUUAAAAAGUGCAUGUACUAUUCUAGUAACUUCGUGAAUGCGAAACAAGUGCAAGCGCAUCAGCGCAUCACUCCGUCUUGACAUGAGAGCAUCGAUGAGGAUCGUGUUUCUCCACUUCUAUAACGAUACCACCGAAAAAUCAAUGUAUCUCACUCCCAUGAUUGGGUAACAUUUUUUAAAAAAGUCUUUUUAACAAAGCUUUUAUUAAAAAAAUCAUUAUCCUCUCUAAUAUGUAUCAAACAGAAAGCAUGCAUUAAUUAUCAGCCAAGUCAUGUAUAUAUAUACAUGAGUAUAUAUUAGGAAAUUACUUUCAAAAACGUGUAGUGAGAUUAGAACUGCGGGAUGCUAGCUAACACAAGCAUAUAGAUGGCUUUCACAGUGACGUCAUCAAAUUGUAAAGUCAAAAUAGCGAGGUUUUACGAAUUUUUAUUUACACUAGGUUGAAGAUAAACAAAAAGUUAAUCUUUGUACAAGUUUUCAGUCCCGUAGCGUGUUUCAUUUCGAAAAUACAGCAAUUUGAACUUCCGAGUUUUCAGAGUGCGUGACACCAAAAUAGGAAUGCUGUCUCGUUGAAAAAAAGUCUCUCCUCUUGAUUUUCAGCAGUAUAACCAUUUCAAGUAUUAGAGUGAAAAGAAGGAGCUUUUAUAGAAAAAAGUGAACUCCAGAUGUUUUUGUUGAUUUUCGGCGGCCAUAUUGGUGCACCAAAACUGUGCACUAAUAUGGCGUCUCCAUACAAAGCUCUACAAAGAUACGUGAAACGUUUCGGCAAAUAACUCGGAAACUGUGGGCCAAAAAGACCUGAGACUUGGACAAAUUGUUUAAAAAUUAGUCUGUUAUAACAUAUCAUUGUCUUGGCUUCUUUCACUGGACGGUUUCCAAUUUAUUGUUUUGUUGCGUGACAGUGAAAACGAUCAAUAAUACCCUUAAAGAGACUAUGACCGUCUUAAUCUUUUCACUCUCAAAAGUGGCCAAAGUAGAAAUUCGGCAAAAUUUCUAAUUUCGUUUUGUAAAGAUGCUGAAAAAACAAAUAGCACCUGGUAAUAUCUCACACUGGCGUAUUCCACCGGUUCCAAAGACAUUAAUUUUAGAACUAUUUUAUACAGAGUUAAUGGACCCAACGCCAUUUCUAGGAGAGAAGGAAAUGAAAUGAGCAGCGCUAUCUUAUUUGUUACAUGUUUACAACCAAGUUAAGUUGACUUGACUAUUGUGUGUACUAACUCUGUUUUUGACCUUUUGCAGUCGGUUUCUAUCUUGAAACAAUCAUUGUAGCUGUAAUGGAGCGCGAAAGAGCAAUGGAAUGAAAAUGAAUGAAAUAAGACCUGUCCCCAGUUGUUCUAAAGGUGGAUAGCGCUAUCCACCAUAUAAAUCUCUCUCCAGUUAGUACGGACCUUAAGUUAGGGUGGACGGUAAGGUGGAGGACGGCAACCGGAAAUAAAAGUUGCCCGAUUUGGGGCUAAUUAGCCUAUAUCUCAGCCGUCCAACCUACGUCGUCUGCACGUCGCGACGGUGAGAAAGCAGAGUGCGGCGGUGUCUCGAGAACGCGAGUUUUUUCUUCGUGUUUUCGUCUUCAAAACAUCUCUAUUUUAACAGAAUACCGCUUUAAUCUGUUUCUGGAGUGUCUAGUUUACUUCAAAUGUUAAACCUUUUUCAAUUACUUACUUAAACACUAUUUUAUGAUUGAAUAUAACAGCAGCAAGUGGUACAACUGGAAAAUUAAAAUUCCCAGCGAUAAAAUAAUCACAUUUGAGUAUUCUCUCACCAUCUGAACAUCGACUUUUACCCUUUUUUUCAUUCACGAAGUUUUAAGUUCAUUUUUUCUGCUUUAUUUGUGGGCCAAAAUGAAAUUACGUGUUAAUUGGUUAACAUUCAUUCGACAAAAUAAAGCCCUUUAUACAAAGGAACUUGUUUAUUUUUGCGCGCAACUUGUCAAUCCUAUUUUAAUUAGUAAUUUGUUCUUAUUUUAAUGAAGAUGGAGUGGACUGAAGAUCACGAUAUUCAGCUUGCUAAAGAAGUUCUUGUAAGUGAGCCCUACCGUUUCAAGCCCAGAGCUGUGUAGGCUCGAUUACCAGCCGUAAGAACUGUGAGGCGUGUGAAAAUUUGGCAAUACGUAGAUCGCAAAUAGGCUCAGUGGAGCGACGAACAUUCACUUUCGAGCAACUAAGCGCGCAACUAGAUUUCAUCGUACAAGAGAACGAAUUUCUCAUGUGAUAUGACACCAUCAUAAUUAUAAAAGUCGACCAAAAGCUGUCGGAUCUCUUUCAGGGAACUCAUUCUCAAACGUUCAAUAAAGUUAAGAAAAGUCUUUGACCGUCACCUCUACCGAAAGUUAAAGCUUGUUUCUUUCGCCAAUCAGGUCGACGUCGUCCCUCCCCAACCUGUCGCGGCCAAAGUCACCGUCCUCUAUGUAGCCGUCCACCUAAACUUAAGGUCGGUAAUAGCGCACUUGGUGUCCCUAAUACUUAUCCACUGGAUAGUGAUCUUUCCUAUGGAUAGCGCUAUCCAGCUUUUGAACAACUGGGGCCAGAAGAGGGAAACUAGUCCCAAUUUCCUAUCUUUUCAAAUCCCCAUACCUUGUUGACUUGAUCGCGGGGUGGAAUUAUUCGACAGAUCCUCAGGCAGUCUAUUUUGUUGUUCAGUGUUUAGUAUAACAGGGCUAUCUCGUCCAGUGCGAAGCACAGACGGAGUGAUCUGCCCUCCAGCAUGUCUCUCGCCUUUGUGCUGGGCUUGUGACUUCCGCUCCGCCCUCGGCAAAAAUAACGCCUGUGUACAGGCUAUUCCUGUCAACGAAAUACAUUCGUUUGUAAACAAACGUACUACUUUCCUGCGGAAGUUAAUUUAAUCAGCGGGUUAUAAAUAAUAUAACUUAAGUUCUUCCGCCUUUGUCAGUUACAAAGUUUGUGUGUGAAUACAGCCUCCUUUUACCUCUCCCCAUCGCUGGGAACGUUUCUCGAGAGCGACAUCUUUCACGCGAACUGACCCUAGCGACGUGGAGCGAUAAAAGGGUUUGUUCCACAAAAUAGAUGUAACUGCUAAUUAGUUUUAAAAAAUUUGCAUUCAGAGAUAAAAGCUUCACAUGCCUUCGUUUUCAUGUGGUGUUAAAAAGGUGCCUCAAUCUCAUUUUUGAGCAACUUCCCUUAUUGGGUCUUUGGUUGGUUUUGUUGGAAAAAGUUUUCUAAUUAGCUAAGACAUAACUUGGUUGCGUGGAUGACGCCAGUUGUAUGCUUUGGACACUUUUCUGCACUUCCUUUAUCACAGGCUAUGCAACUCAUACCCAGAGUCCUUUGCUUUGUUGUUGAUCGGCCAGACUCCAGGAGAAAGUCUGGGACAAUGAAAUGUAUUUGGUCGUUGGCGCAAUACUGGAAAUCUGACAGGAAAUCUCUCGGCAAUAGACCACGAGAUCUGGCCAAUCAGAGCGCGUCAUUUGCGUGAGCAGUCACAUUUUGAAAUGGCUGUUUUGAGAAGUGUAUGAAGUGAAGUUAGUUUCGACAAUUGAAAUUUUUGUUCUUGGAAUUCUACAUUAAUCAGGGUCGGUGUGAAAUGUAUUAAAGGUGUAUAUCCAGUCCUUACUGUUAGAGAUAUUUACAAGAAAAACUUACCAUUGGUACUAACUCUUUUGCUACAGCUGCUACUCCUCUUUCCAGCACUGAUUGUGGAAAAACGCCAUCGACUUCUGAUACUGUUACUGCUACCUCCACCACCGAUAGAAAGGAACCUUCAACGACUACUGAUACUGUUGCUGCUGCCACUACUGAUGGGCCUCAAUCCACAGUAAGCUCUGGAGAUACACCAGCCAAUACUACCGAUAACCAAGGAUUACUAGCUGCUGAUUCGGAUACCACUGAAGGUGAUCCUUGUAAUCUUGUUAAGGGUGAAAUGGCUUUAAUUGAUUUUUGCGUUUGAAAUUCUUGAAAUUCAUUUACUGAUUUGGUGUUUUAAUGGCCUCCUUUUCCCCCAGGCGACCGUUUUACAGAACAGUUUUAAUUUAACGUUAACUUUUUGCGUUAUCUUCCAUUUCAUGGCUUAUUUUCGUUUGUUCACAUCGCAGUUUGGACAUGUUUUGAUCUCGAUAUUCUUGCCUGGCUACUCAGUUUUUUGGCAGUAAUCACAAAUGCCACCGUGUUUAGCAGAAGUGCAUUAGAAGUGCUGAGUGUCUGCAGAAAUAAUUUAAGUUUCUUUCAUCGAGGUUGCCAGGGACAAAAGGCUUGUUAAUUCUUCACUUGCUCAGGUUAUUUCUAACGUAAACUUUGUUGAAAACGAAAGUAGAGUCCUAAAGCGAAGACAACCGAGUAUCAAUUAUUUCGAAGUACGGCUUUUCAUUAAAGAUUGAUUACAAUGAAAUUCAGUUUUUUUGUUGCCUUUCAGCUGCUCGCACUGUUUUGAAUUUCUGUCUUUAAAGUGAAGGCAUUUGGAACCAUGAAAAUAACAACUUUCUUAAAUUAAGAUGCCGCUCAAAUAAGCGAUUCCUAAACAAAUAGGAUGUUUUUUUCGAGAGCAAUGAGAGUUGUUACUUACAGAACCUUAAUAUUCAUAUAAUAGUGAUGUCAUCGUGGUGACCUCUCUAAUACGGAGAUUUUUGCUCUGUCACUUUGGUGUCCUUAUUACAGAAGUUUUAACUGUAUGUAUCUGGUUCAUAGUUCCAUGCCUUGUCUUUUGCUUUUUAUUGUCUUUGUGUAGAGCCACUCGUUACAGCUAGCCUACAAUCCGCGAAACAUUGUCAAGACAAUGUCCAAAAAUGGGGCACUUGUAACUUCGGAGAAGUAAACAAUCUGCACCCUUUUCCCUACCCCUCUACUCAAAGUUGGGGUGUUUGUUGUUUUCUGUAGGUACUGAUAAUGGAGGUCAAAAGAACUUAGGACACGAUGGGAAAACCCGGCUAUACAAGUACUAGUUACAUAGGACUCUGCUCCAUUACAAUCAGUGUUUUGAUCGGCUUUGGCUUCAUCCCCUCAUCCCACACUCCCCUCUCCCAGCAAUGUUGUGCCCCCAAAAUGGGCUCAUUUCCACCCAUUUCGCUCAAAAUUCAACAUUGUUUGGUGAGGAAGGGGGAGUUCACUAGUUUUAAUAAAAUCACUGGAAAGUCCCCAACACUUUUGACCUCUGUUGUAGCCUAAACAGCUGCACAGCAUUGUUGAGACUGGGUGGUGAAGGGAGGGAGGAAAAGGGGAAGCUGCUGCAUUUUCGCUUUUUGAAGUCGCCAAAACAUCAGAAAGGUGCCUUUGAGCAAAGUGUCUUAACUAAUUUUGUUGCUGAUUGUAGAAAUAUGUCAGGCUUCAUAUGUAAUUUGCCUAUAUUUUUUAACAGAUAAACUUAAACUCCAAAUGAAUGCUGAGAAGGUCCCUAAUUCCCAGGAGGUUUUGGAACUUUUAGGUUAGUAUGACAGUUUAAGAAACUGAAUGUUGUUUUAAAGAAAAAAACUACCAGUACUUUAAAAGGGCAACUAAAACAAAGUAUCAGCUAGUUUUAAGUGACGAUGACUAAUUAUUUUUCGGUGAGAUUGUUCAACAGAUUUGUCUAUAUUAGUUGUUUCCCGCUAACCGCUGCCCUUCUCCAUUCCACCCUUCCACAAUGCCUCAACCCCCCUAAGUUUCAGGAUGAUCUCUCAAACGGAGCGACUAAGAUUUCAUUUAUAUCAGCACUGUCAAAACAAAAAAACCAACAACUGAAAUAGGCGAUAUAGACAUUUUUUUAAAAAAAAAAACCACCAAUUCUUUAAAAAGGGAAAUAAAAAAAAGUAUCAGCUAAUUUUAAGUGAAGAUUGCUAAUUUUUUUUCGGGGAGAUUUUUCCAAAAAUUUUGCUAUAUUUGUUGGUUCCCCCCCCCCCCCCCCCCUCCCAAUUACCCCAAGAGUCUGUAUUUGCGGACUUUUUGGCUACGUGAUUUCUAUACGAAGAGCGCUAUCCAUGCUCUAUAAUAAGAUAUCAUUCUUGUUUCUCUCCCCGCCAGUUGCUGAUCAAUUAAUUUCAAAGGCAGUGACUAAUGACGAAAUUCUUUUGGAAAAGCUUUCAAAGAAACUGGACCGUGAAAAGCGGCACAUCCGAUGUUGGAAGCACUUGGCUUUUGUUUUGGACGUACCUGUUGGAGAGAGAAGAAAGUUUGAUAGAUACACUGAACACAGCCCGACUGAGGAUAUGUUUAACUAUCUUGCUGAUGUCUGGAAACCUGAUUUGAAAGUUAAAGAUUUGAAGAGAGAAUUGAAAGAUAUCUACCGCAACGAUGUCAUACAAAGUUUAAAUGAAGGUAUGCAAACUAGUGCAGUUCUUUUUUUGUUACCUGUUGUGUGUUACCUUAGCGGUUCGUUGUGUUACAGAUCGUUUACUGUUUUGACGGAUCGUGGGCAUCCAUGUCUGUGGAAUUUUCCAGUGGCGCUCAGAAACAAACUGAUUUUCCCAAGACAAACGACAAACAAAACGUAUCGUACUCAAACCAUAGCGACUAAUUUGAUAAUAAAUAAAGAGACUGAGAUUAGGCAAAACUAUAAGUGAUUGCUUAAAAUUUACCAUCUUUCAUUAUUUUACACCAAAUAGUAUUUAGCCCUUGAUGUUACUAAUCCCAACGAAUGAAAUCAAAGGUUUCAAAGAGCUUCGUGACAACAUCUAAUCGUAAUCAGUAUACAGGGCGCUUUUCACAUACGACCCAUGUCUGUGAGGUCAUAGGUUCGGAUCCUGUUGGGAACUCGGAUUUGUUAUUUCUUUCACGCCCACGACAUACGAUUAUUGCGUCUUUCUCAGUGGAUAGUAUCUUUCUUUAUAAGUUUAGUAAAUGAUGAAAUGGUAAGGCGAACAUGGCGACACCUUGUUGCUUUGUGCUACACGUUGUGAUUACUUGAAAUGCUCACCAAGUAGUCAGAGACAUUAAGUUUCAACGGGAUUAAGUAUCGCUCAUCCGCGGAGACCCACGUUUAACAAAAAAAGUUAAAAAUUAAUUUCUUUUCUUUCAAAGAGUUAGAUAUUAAUAAACUUGGAUUUUUUGUAUCUUUGAAGCAAAAUAAAGGUCUUGGGAUCAUCUCGGGAUCAAACAAGUCAUUCUUUUGAUAAAUUUCAAUUUUUGAUAGAUCACAAUUUUAAAAUACAGUCGAACCUCCAUGUGCGACAAAAGGUUUAUUAAAGGAGUCAUGGAUGAGAGGACAACAGACGUGCCCUCUUUGCAAUACAUAUUUUCGCAGAAUUUCCCACUUGCGAUAGAGAGAGAUUCCGCACACGCUGGUUCAACAAUCGAGGACUGUAUACUUUCUUGCAAAUCUGACUUCACAAUUCAACAUUACAUGUUCUGUUCUACGAUCGAUCUCAGUCUAACUAAAUUUUACAAAAAUGCUGCGUACAUUAACUAAGGAAGUCCACACACCAGAUGCGUAAUUCUGGCGUGGUCACAAUAAUCAAAUGGGAUCUAAGUUCUUUGCUCACGUUUAACAUCGAUUCGUGAGCACUAAUUGUAAUUAUCUUAUCCCACGAUAUUCCCUGUUACAAUCUAAAUAUCUCUUUUAGCGGUAGCGAAAUAAUGGCUUACUUAAUCAACUACUGUACUGAAAAUUUCAUAAAAUAAGAGAAUACAAUUAUAUGCAUUCUAACAUUUCACAACACAUAUUAACAUAUGAACAGUAAGCUCGGACGUCAGCUUACAAAGGCGCCACUGGCAUCCGCUGUCAGUCCAUUUUGAGCUUACUGUACCCACCCACAAUUUUCAUCUUUAUCUAAUACAACCGUGAUGAAUUUUUUCCAAAUCUUUGUUUAUGGCGACGUAUAGUGUAUGCUCAAACUUGGGAGGUAUUGACCCUGAAAAACUGUAUUGAGCCACCUUAAACUCCUUGCCGCUUUCCCAGCCGAUGGAUCAAAAGACUGGUUUCAGCUCUGUACAUUAGAGACCUUUAGAUUCGAGGACGAGAGCGACUACGAGUACGAGAUUAAACUUAAAGUCUUUUCGCGUAUUCUCAAAAAUUAGAUUUCCCGGGAAGCUUCAAUGUACUUUUUCUUGUUAGAAAAGUUAAAACUGUUAUCUAUUAAAUGAAGGAUGAUCAUCGCAGUUAUAUACGUACCUUUUGCGGUUGCGAAAAGAAAGCCUGAAAAAAAUUCAGGCUUGUACGGGAUUCGAACCCUUGACCUCUGCGAUACCGGUGCAGCGCUUUGGAGCGCGCAAAAGUUGCGAACAUAACUGCGAUGAUCAUCCUUCAUUUAAUUCUUCACUCCGCUGUUCACAUAUAUGAUUGUCAUAUAUUCAUAACCUCAUCAUCAUCCUUUCACAGGUUUAUAACGAACCAAUUCAACGACCUGUUCCCAGUUGGCUUAUUAGCUUAAUUGGUAGAGCGCUGCACCGGUAUCGCAGAGGUCAAGGGUUCGAAUCCCGUACAAGCCUGAAUUUUUUUUAGGGCUUUCUUUUCGCAACUGCAAAAGUUGCAUAUAUUACUGCGAUGAUCUUCCUUUAUUUAAUUCUUCACUCCGCAGUUCACAUAUAUGAUUUUCAUAUAUUCAUAACUUCACUGUUUUCUAUUUUGAAGGAGGUUAAGUAGGCCCAUUGUCAACCUUGAUGCUUUGCGCGCCGCAAACACAAAUCCCUUUGGAAAAAAAUUGUCAUCUGUUUGAACGGCUCUGGCUAUCCGUUCGAAAAAGAAAUGUCAUCCCUUCGAACGACUCUGGCUAUUCAUUGGAGAAAAAUUGUCGUCCGUUCGAACGCAUCCCUUCGAACGACUCAGGCUAAUCCGUUCGAGAAAAAUUGUCGUUCGUUCGAACACUACGUGUUAUCCGAUGGAAAAAAUUGUCGUCCGUUCGGACGGCUCGAGCUAUCCGUAAACAAUUGCCAGCCGCCCUACUAUUUCAAAUCACUUUCACCCGAGCCGUUUGCGACGAAGGCGUCAAAAAAAUCAUGUAACUUAAAUAAUUCCUCUAAGCGUCGUUUACCAUCAUCUUAUGAAUUUUCACGGUACAUUUCCUGCUGGAUUGCAUACUUUGCUUCAUAACAUUCGAUUAUCGUGGCAAGUUUUAUUCAAAACUAAGUUAUAAUGUUCAAAAAAUUUCCCGAGAAAGUUAACUUAUGUUUUGACCUUUUCGUAAGAAAAUAUCAAACGGUUUUAAUUUGGAAGCCGUAGGAAUACACUCUCGUUGUCGAUAAACUUUGUCUGUUCUAAAUACUGCCAUCUAUUUUCCAAGAAAAAAAAUGAAAGCUACUGCCACGGCAUGGAUCUGAAAAAUAAAAGCGGUUCCUUGCAUCUUCACGUUGGCUUACAUGUUAAAAAUAUACUUGUUUGUGAGAAAGCCUGGCAAAAGUGUUGACCAAUCAGAGUUAGUCAUUUACAAAAGCGUGAUUUCAAAACGAAAACAAACGACCGCGUUGCAUCAAGGUUGGCAAUGGGCCUUUAAGCCCUCUCUUGAUCGCAAAAUGAUAAAACUUCUAACUUUUGAUAACUCGUUUCCACCAUUACGAGAUUCUCACUAUAACUCGUAGUUUCGUAGUAGAAUGACGACAGCUUUCACGUUUUCCCGCCAAAAUGACGUUGGCUAACGCGCGCGCACUACUUAAUGGAAAACCCGGAAAUUCCGGGGAGAAUUAAAAUGUAACGGACGAACGGUUCAUCCCGGUGCAAAUUUUCAAGAAGAAAGUAAUACCUUUUGAGAUAUUACCGUUUUCCCGUUUCUUCCCGAAACGACCGAAUUUUUCUGUACCAUUUGGUUGAAUUACUAGUGCUAGGCUUCAUGUCGAGAGAGAGCGAAAAUUUUACUGGUAUUUUGUAAGUGGUACAACUCAGUCCCAUUUGAUAGAAAUUUUUCACCGAAAUUUCCAGACAAAUGGUAAGCGCUUAAAAUCUCGUACUCGCAAUUGGACUCGAAUGUAAAGGUCUCUAAUGAUCAGCCGUUGAUUCCAAGUAAAGGGCAAACUUGCAGUAUAUUUUGUUUUUGUUUUGUUUUUUCAAUCGGCGACCGAAAUGCUUUAAAACUUGCUUUGCAAUGCUCACUUAAAAAUCAAAUAGGACAAUAAAGCAGCAAAAAAUAGGAAAAAAGAGAGAAAGAAGAAGAAGUUUUCCCGGCUUGUCACCAAUCUAGUGUCUAACCGCGCCCAGCAAGGCUUUUUUUUGCCACACCGAGUUUCGCGAGGGUUUGCGAGACAAUUUCUAGUUUCUUUUUGGUUGGAGGUAGGGGUUUCCGGUAAACUUCUCUGUGGAUCCUCCACUUGAAAAUCACAUUUAUAAAACGUCCACCAGCAGAUCUGACGUUUUGAAGAUGGUAUCCAUAACCAGAAACCUUAAUGAAUUUUUCCCCCCGCCAGGAUGAUCUUCUUAAAUGGUAUUUGACCUCUUCAUAUAAUAUACAGUGAUGACUAAAAAAGGGCCGUUUGUACUGGUGUUGCUUAGAUGGUGACCUAAACGUUCUGGCCCCAGUUGUUCAAACGCUGGAUAGUGCCAUCUAUCUGAUAAAUCAUAGCUUGCGUAGCAGGCGCUUGGAGAAAAAACGGGCGCGCCCGUUCUCUCUUUCGCCCACUACUUCCAAGCGGCUGCUACGCAGGCUAGAUAAAUCACUACCCAAAGGAUAAAUCAGCAUCUUGGAAACCAAGUAAGUUAUCCACUGGAUAGAGAUCUAUCCAGAGGAUAGCACAGCGCUAUCCUCCUUUUGAACAACUGGGGCCAGGUCCUGCAGUUGAAAUUGGAUUUUGUGUGAAAAGAAAAUAGUCUUUAAUCUUACCAUGCAGUCUGAAUGAUCAACAGGUGGUUCGUCAAUAAAAUGUGGCCUGAAAACUGUACUCUUUUUGCAGCAAAAUAUGACGAUAACAAGAGGGUGAGUGGCCUGGUAUCAGAUAAUGGGAAGUUUAUAGCGAUGCUAUCAUCCAUGCUUGACACCGGAGAAAAUGGUUGGCGAUCGCUGGCGUCACAGCUUAGAAUCAAACCUGAAAUAUCGGCGCAGUUUGGUCUACCUGGACAAGGCCCCACAGCAGAGCUGUUCUUCUACAUGAGUACUACGGAUGGUCUCAAAGAUUUGACUAUUGUCAAAUUGCGCGAACACUUUAAAGACAUGGAACAAAACGCUUUGGUUAACAUUCUUCAAAAGUAUGAAGGUUUGUGCUUCGUCAGUCAUAUCAUUAAUCUAAGCAAGUGUCCUCAGUUUUUGCUCUGUUUUGACUUUCUUUUAUUUCAUUCAUGUGCAGCCUUAGCUUUUGUGGAACCCCCUUUCCCCACAGAAGACGUGCCUUUAUGUUUUGGUUAUCGAUAUGCCGCUGCGACUGGUUGGCUGUAUUCGUCAUUCUAG